UCGCGCUUCCUGCUCUGGCGAAAGUGAGGCAUUUUCGUGUUUUCCGAGUGAAAAGUGUCGCUCUUCCAGCUGAGGUGAUGAUUCUGACUGUCCGCAGAUCUUCGCUUCAGCAUGUCCGGCGACGCUCGUCACAGUAGGAGGCGACGCCCCCCCAGAAUGUAUAUGGUCGCGUCCGACUACAAGGUGCAGGAUCAACUGGAAGGAACCAUUCGCCUGCAGCGGGGGCAGCUGUGCGUGGAGCAAGAGGGAGGAGGGGGACACCGCGGAGGAAGAGGAGAACACCUGUGGGUCAAGGUGUUAGAUGUGGGCUCGGUGGUGAAGCUGGAGCGACAGAUUCUUACUGAAGUGCCGUCCGAUCUGGCGGGUCUGAUCGAACCUGUUUCUGACCUGGACACGCGCGUUAAACUGCUCUCCAGACCACACUUCCUGCAAAAGUUAGCUUCAUUACCGCUGGGCUCCGAGGUGCGUGUCAUCUGGAGCCGCAGCCAAUCAGAGCUGGCGGAGGCGGAGCUUCGUUACCGUGGACCCCUCAAUAGAGGAAGCUCUGCUGUUUAUUUCGGCGUUCAGCUGAAGGGAUGGGCAGCAGGCCGUGGUAAAUCCAAUGGGAACUAUAAAGGCCAUCAGCUGUUUGUGUGUCCGGAGGCCUGCGCUCUGUUCCUGCCGGUCAGUGAACUCUCGCUCCCGCGCUCGUCCCGCAGUUCAGGAGAGCAGGAGCGACAGCCAGCCAACCAGAAAAACAUCCUCUCACGAGCGGCCGAGUCCAGCCCCGCACUAUCCAUCGGUCAGAGAGUGUGCUUCAGCCAGGAGGAGGCGCUGCAGAGGGGGAGCGUGCAGUUCUGUGGGCCGCUCAACACACACACACCCACAGCGCUCUAUGUGGGAGUUCUGCUGGAUAAUCCAGUGGGAUCCUGGGACGGACAUUAUAAAAACACCAAGCUGUGCUCCAUCCCGUCGCCUGAGUUUGGAGCUUUACUUCCGCUCUCUAAAGUGACGGCAGAAUCUCGAUCUGAGCGCCCUCCUCUGGCCGUCAUCAACCCCAAACCUCUUCCCAAACUACCUCUGUUGCCCCAGACUAAUAAACCUGCCCUCCAGCCUCUGUCACCUACUCAGAGAGACCCCCAGCAAGCCUCGGGCCUUUCCGACCGGCCCCUGAUCGAAGCCUCCAUGCUGCUUUCCGCCAAACAGGCCCUGCAGCCUCCAUCUAAAAUCGCCCUCCGACCGCCACCGUUGGCCACGCCCAAACCAGCACUGAUCCCACCUCCAGUCCCGCCCAACAAACCACAGGCAAUGCCCACAACUCCGCCCUCUGAUCAGUUACACUCCUCCAACGGCUUCCACAACCUGCCCUCUCCACCAAUCACAGAGCAGAGGGCGGAGCUUAACAGCUGGCUGGAGGUGGGGUCUAUGGUGGAGGUCAAUGACCCGCCCCUUUUUGGAGUCAUUCGCUGGAUUGGUCAGAUCAGCGGUAUCCCCGAGCCAGUCGCUGGAAUCGAACUGGAUCAGGAGCUGUCGGCCGCUACAGACGGCAGUUAUCUGGGGGAGCGACACUUCCGCUGUCCUGCUAAUAAAGGGCUGUUUGUGAAGUUCAGGAACUGCAGACGCGACUCCAGGUUUCCUGCGCCGGAACCCUCGAUCAAUCAAGUCGAUCGAUGCAACUCUAUUGCGUUUGCCAACUGGAGCAGUAAGCGUGUGGAUGAACACACUCCUCCAGUGUCGGGUUCAGAUGCUCGUCUGACGUACGAGGGCUUUAAGAAGGGCAUUCAGGGACAUCUCAACUCCUGCUACCUGGACGCAACUCUGUUCAGCAUGUUUUCCUGCAGCAGCUCGUUUGAUUGGCUGUUGUUUUGGCCAACCGGAGCUCAGCUCAGUCCUCACUGUAAAAGUGCUCAAGACCUGCUGCGCUGUGAGAUCGUCAACCCUCUGCGCAGGUUUGGCUAUGUGUGUGCCAGUAAAACCAUGGCCUUACGCAAACUUCUCAAAGCAGAAACCGCAGAUUCAGGAUUUACCAACGAGGAAAAAGAUCCUGAGGAAUUCCUGAACCAGCUAUUCCUGCUCCUCCGGGUGGAGCCGCUGCUGAAGAUCAGGUCUGUGAGCCAGCAAGCACAAGAGUGUUUCCUCUACCAGCUCUUCCCUCCGUCUGCAUCUGCAUGCCCGUCUCCAGGAUCUGCUGUACCGUUAUCUCCUCUGGCGUCUCCAUCUGCAGGUCUGCAGCGAGUGUCCAGUGUGCAGGCGCUGCUGGAAUCCUCAUUUAUACAUGCCGGACUCAAGUUCACAGAGGCUCCGUCCUGUUUGCCGCUCCUGAUGCCCAGAUUUGGCAAAGAGUUCAAGAUGUUUGAUGCCAUUCUGCCCUCGCUGACCCUCGACAUCACAGACUUGCUGGACGAGACUCUGCGUCAGUGCAGUAUCUGCCAGUCGGUGGCGCAGUGGGAGUGUCUGCAGUGUUAUGAUGAUGUGGACAUCACACCUGGGCAGAUGAAGCAGUACUGCAACACCUGCAACACACAGGUGCACACUCAUAAGCGGCGUCAGACACACACUCCGUCAGCGGUGUGCGGGCCCCAGGGCUCAUGGGAAGGGCCGGUUCUGGGGGUCCGGCAGAUCAUGCACCUCUUCGCUGUCACCUGCAUCGAGACCAGCCAUUACGUCAGCUUCGUCAAACAUGGCCCCGAACACACUGACUGGCUCUUCUUCGACAGCAUGGCCGACAGAGAGGGAGGAGAGAAUGGCUUCAACGUCCCGCAGGUGAGCUGGUGUCCGGAGCUGAGCGAACUCUUCAGUCUGUCUGUGGAUGAAGUGAGUCGUCUGGAUGCACUGCGGGCACCCGUCAGACGCCUGCUCUGCGACUCCUACAUGUGUCUGUACCACUGCCCGCAGCUCACACUCUACAAAUAACACACAUCUCUGCGACUCCUACAUGUCUGUACCGCUGCCCGCAGCUCACACAAAUAACACACACACAGAUCUACAUUACACAUCUGAGUGACUUCAUUUUAUAAAACUAUACUAUACAAUGUCUGAUUUUAUAAAAGCACACUUCAACUGUA